CUUCGGCUUCACAGUAAUGGAACCUACCGAGAGGUAUGGACAUGUUCUGUGUGGCUGGAUGGCUGGUCAUGAAUCUGAACAUAUGGAAUCCCUCUCUGAGACAGAAGUUCUGAACACGGUCACUCAAGUGCUGCGCAGGUUUACAGGUAUCCCAACAGUGAGUCCCAGUAGGAUGUUGCGCUCUCAGUGGUUCCAUGACGAAUUCACCUGUGGCGCCUACUCUUACCUGGCUACCGGCUGCUCUGCUCAAGACAAUCAACACCUGGCCGAACCACUGCCUACAGAGCACACACACUCCAAGCCCCUGCAGGUGUUGUUUGCUGGUGAGGCCACUCACGACACUUUCUUCUCCACUGCCCACGGAGCUCUGGAGUCCGGCUGGAGAGAGGCGGAGAGACUCAUCACGCACUACACUCUAAAAAAAAACUUGGUUCAAACAGCACAAUUUUAACCCAACCACUGGGUAAAUAGUGGUCGCACCCAAGUUGGGUUAUUCACUGGGUUACCAUCACGCACUACUCAAAGUCUUCCUCUUAAUCCCCCUGUCUUCUCUCCUCCAGAGCUGCAAAAAAUGGCUUGUCUAAUAAAAUCUAAUCAAGUGUUUUAAACUUAUCAAGACAAAAAAACUAGUUUGUAUUGUUUUUAGUAUGGAAACACUUACCUAGUGCUUUCUUUUGAUAUAAUUUCACUCAAUUUAAGAAACGUUUGUCUUAUUUUAAGUCAAUUCUUCCUGAAAAUAAGCAAAAUUAUCUGCCAGUGCAGUAAGUGAAUUUGUCGUAAAACAUACAAAUUUAUCUGCCAGUUCAGUAAAUGAAAUUAUCUUGAUACGACUCCUUAAAAUAAGUCAAAGUCUUCUUAAAUUAAGUGAAAUUAUCUUUUGAGAGAGCGCUUGGUAAGUAUUUUCAUACUUAAAACAAUACCAAAUAGAUUAUUUACCUUAAUAUAAGAUAAUUACACUUGGUUAGAUUUCAUUUUUUGCAGUGAACUGAGUCUUAAAGGCCCCUAGCCCGUUGUGCUCGCCGACCACAAGUCGGUCAUUUGUGUAGAAUCUCCAGCUAUGAUUCAGCUGUUAUAAAAGUAGGUGGUAGGCCACCUCCCCUGAGCUCCAAUCAGAACAGAGCCUUAGCCAUAAUGCUUGCUCACCAUGAGUCAGCAGUUGCCAAAGUCUGUUGUUUGUGUAGAUUAAAAUAUUCUUUUAUGAUUCAACUGUUCUAAAAGUCUGAACGUGUAUUUUUGUUAUCAUUGACACUGAUUACGUGAUCCAUUUCAAUUGCACUAAAAACAAAGUCUGUUUUGUUCAAAGAAAUAAUAUUUGAUGAUGUAUGAAAGUAGCCUAUCAGAACAGAGCCUUAGCCAUAAUGCUUGCUCACCAUGAGUCAGCAGUUGCCAAAGUCUGUUGUCUGUGUAUUAAAAUAUCCUUUUAUGAUUCAGCUGUUCUAAAAGUCUGAACGUGUAUUUUUGUUAUCAUUGACACUGAUUACGUGAUCAAUUUCAAUUGCACUAAAAACAAAGUCUGUUUUGUUCAAAGAAAUAAUAUUUGAUGAUGUAUGAAAGUAGCCUAUCAGAACAGAGCCUUAGCCAUAAUGCUUGCUCACCAUGAGUCAGCAGUUGCCAAAGUCUGUUGUUUGUGUAGAUUAAAAUAUCCUUUUAUGAUUCAGCUGUUCUAAAAGUCUGAACGUGUAUUUUUGUUAUCAUUGACACUGAUUACGUGAUCCAUUUCAACUACACUAAAAACAAAGUCCAUAUUCUGUUUUGUUCAAAGAAAUAAUAUUUGAUGAUGUAUGAAAGUAGCCUAUAUAGAUUAUUUACCUUAAUAUAAGAUCAUUACACUUGGUUAGAUUUCAUUUUUUGCAGUAACUGAGUCUUAAAGGCCCCUAGCCCUUUGUGCUCGCUGACCACGAGUCAGCAGUUUGCCAAAGUCGGUCAUUUGUGUAGAAUUUCCAGCUAUGAUUCAGCUGUUAUAAAAGUAGGUGGUAGGCUACUCUCCCUGAGCUCCAAUCAGAACAGAGCCUUACCCAUAAUGCUUGCUCACCAUGAGUCAGCAGUUGCCAAAGUCUGUUGUUUGUGUAGAUUAAAAUAUCCUUUUAUGAUUCAGCUGUUCUAAAAGUCUGAACGUGUAUUUUUGUUAUCAUUGACACUGAUUACGUGAUCCAUUUCAA